AUGAGUGUCACCUCCUGGUUCCUGGUGAGCAGCAGUGGUACCCGCCACCGGCUUCCGCGAGAGCUUAUCUUCGUGGGGCGUGAUGAGUGUGAGCUCAUGCUGCAGUCCCGCAGCGUGGACAAGCAGCAUGCUGUCAUCAACUACGAUCAGGACAGGGAUGAGCACUGGGUGAAGGACCUGGGGAGCCUGAACGGGACGUUCGUGAAUGACGUGCGCAUCCCGGACCAGAAGUACGUCACGCUGAAGCUCCAUGACGUCAUUCGAUUUGGCUACGAUUCCAACAUGUACGUGCUGGAGCGCGUGCAGCACCGGGUCCCCGAGGAGGCGCUCAGGCACGAGAAGUAUACCAGCCAGCUGCAGGUGAGCGUCAAGGGCCCGGCCCCCAGGAAGGGCGAAGCGCUGCCGCAGCACACCCCUUACUGCGAGUCCUUGGGUCCCAGGCCGGAGAGGGGGGACCGGAGGCCAGGGGCAGAGUCGGCGGCCUACCGCACACCCCUGUACGGGCAGCCCUCCUGGUGGGGGGAGGACGACAGCAGCAGCCCCCCCGAGGACCGGCGCCAGGAGGAGCCCUACGCAGAGCGGCCCAAGGAGCCGGCACAGCAGGACGGGGAGCUCCCUGGGACGACUGGCUUCCGGGCGGCGGCGGAGUCUCGGGGCUUCUCGUUCAGGCGGGAGCCCAGUUACUUUGAGCUCCCCACGAAGGAGGCCCCUCCGCCACCGCGGCCCCCCGAGGCGCCGGCCCAGGAGGCACCCGCCACGGCCCCUGUGGUGCAGAGCCAUGCCUCCUUCACCAUCGAGUUCGAUGACUGCAGCCCCGGCAAGGUGAAGAUCAAGGACCACGUCACCAAGUUCUCGCUGCGCCAGAGACGGCCCCCAGACAAGGAGGCCACACCUGUGGAGGCCGUGUCUGCCGAGACCAAGGUGGCCGACUGGCUGGUGCAGAGUGACCCUAGCCUGCUGUGCCGGGCUGGCCCCGGGGAUGACCGUCACAGCACCAAGAGUGACCUGCCCGUCCACACCCGCACCCUGAAGGGUCACAAGCAUGAGGAUGGCACGCAGAGCGACUCGGAGGACCCCACGGCCAAGGCGGCGGUGGCAACAGCUGGGGUCCCUGCGGAGGGCAGCGGGGUGCAGGUGCGGCUGCAGAGGCAGAUGAAGCGGGACCCCCAGGAGCUGCUGCAUAACCAGCAGGCCUUUGUCAUCGAGUUCUUCGACCAGGACACGCCCCGCAAGAAGCGCUCCCAGUCCUUCACGCACACCCCUCCCGGGGACCCCAAGGCCGACAAGCGCCGAGGCCCCGGGCCAGCGGACAGAGACCGCUCAGCCGUCCCUGCUUCGGCGCGGGGGACAGGCGGCAGCUCAGGGCCGCAGCGGGCCAGCUCGCUUAAGCGGGAGAGGACAGAGGAGCGCCUGGGGGGCCCCUCACCCACCUCCCGGGGCUCUGCCCGACCCUUUGGCAGCGUGGGGCGCCGCUCCCGUCUGGCCCAGGACUUCAUGGCCCAGUGCCCGCGGGAGGGCUCCCCGACCGCCCGGCCCGGCCCUGACAAGGCAUCUCCAGCGUCACCGGCCCCCGAGACACCCCGUGGGGCCAGCCCUGUGGCUCCUGCGACCCCACCACCGCCUCCCGCUGACCCCCAGCUGAGCAAGGCUCGCAAACAAGACGAGGACGACAGUCUGAGCGAUGCGGGGACCUACACCAUCGAGACAGAGGGGCAGGACCCGGAGGUGGAGGAGGCCCGCCAGAUGAUCGACCAGGUCUUUGGGGUGCUUGAGUCUCCUGAGCUCUCCAGGGUGUCCUCGGCCACCUUCCGUCCGGUCAUCAGAGGGGACAGAGACGAAGCCAGUGACGGGGUCGCCCAGCGAAUGGCGCUCCUGCAGGAGUUUGCCUCCCGGUCGGUGGGCAUAGCCCCCCAAGGGGAGCUCCAGGGCCUCACGGUGCCGGGCUCCCCCGGGGGUCAGAAGUGGGUGUCCCGCUGGGCCAGCCUGGCCGACAGCUACGCAGACCCAAGCCUGGCAGAGGAGAGCCCUGGGCGCAGAGCGGGGGAGCUUGAAGGGACCCUGCCUGCGCGCCAGCGACGACGACUCCCACAGCUGCCCAGCGACCGCGCAGACAGCCCUGGGGGCCUCGAGGCCACCAAGAGGAGCGGCCCUGGGCCUCCGGAGCCGGGCAGCGAGCAGGCCGGCUGCCUCUUGGGCCAGGAGGACCUGGAGCCUGACAGCCUCAGUGAUGCCAGUGGGUCGGAUGGUGGGCGGGGCUCCGAGCUGGGUGGGGGCCCGCAGGAGGAGAGACGGAGGAGCCCCCAGGAGGGAGUAGCCUGGACGAAGGGCCGGCACUCGCCAAGGGCCCCUGGAGAGCCAGCCCCCGCCUCUUUCUUCAUUGGGGACCGGAAUGUGGAGACAGCCUUCCCCAGGAAGCCAUCCAUGGCUGCAGGGGAGGUGGACAGCCCCGGGCGGGUGGCGAGGGACGGCGUCUACGUCAGCUCCAGCGGGAGGAUGGUUAUCCAGCUGCGGACAGAGCGGUCCUCGGAGCCCGAGAGCCCUGCCCCGGCCUUGGUGCGACAGGAUAGCUUCAGCAAGGAGCCGGCCGGUGGCCCCCCAGCGCCCGGCCAGCUUCCGCACAUCUCGAGCCACCCCCUCCUGCAGGACCUGGCUGCCACCCAGGCCUCACACAUGGACCUCCACCCCCAGGACACCCACCUGAUCCUCAAGGAGACGGAGACAGCCCUGGCAGCCCUGGAGGCCCGGCUGCUCUCCAAGUCCGCGGAGGAGGCAGAGGGCCCGAUGGGCAGCACCCCUGGGCCACCAGAUGACUCCCUGUCCGGGGACUCUGAUGUGGACACAGGGAGCACAGUCAGCCUGCUCAGUGGUAAGAACGGGCCCAGCCCAACCAGUCCCCAGCCUGCGGGGCCGCAGAAGGAGAAGCCGCCGUCCCCACCAGCAGCACAGGACCCGGGGAGCAUCUCCUCGAACAGCGCCCGAGAGCGGCUCUCAGACAAGCAUCGUCGCCCCCCGGGCCCCAUGGACGUGGGCCGUGCAGAGCUGGGGAGGCGCCUGGCUGCGCGGCGUGGCACCGGGGCCCGGGCACCCUCGGACUGGCCUGACGAAGAGCGAGGCUCCGGCCCGGCCCACCCGCCUGGCGCAGACACCGUCACCUCUGACCACGAGACCCCCGUGGCCCCUGGGGCGGGGCGGCCAGGACCUCGCCGGAAACCGGCACCCGCAGCGCCAUCCCCGGCUCCGCGGGAAGAGCAGGGCCGUGGCUGCGCCCAGAAGGUACAGCAAGUGCUGACCCGCUCCAACAGCCUGUCCACCCCUCGGCCCACACGGGCCUCCCGGCUGAGGCGGGCCCGGCUGGGGGACGCCUCAGACACGGAGGCUGCCGAUGGUGAACGGGGGCCCUCGGCCAACCCUGAGCCGGCGGGGCGGCCAGCCCCUGAGCAGACCAAGAAGCUGUCGCGCCUGGACAUCCUGGCCAUGCCCCGGAAGCGGGCGGGCUCCUUCACUGGGCCCAGCGACUCCGAGGUGGCCCCUGCCCGCACCAGCUUCUCUGGCCGCAGCGUCGAGUUGUACUGCACUGGCCGCAAACCCGUCAUGGCCGAGGCUCGGGCCGCCGCCACCAGGAAGGCCACCAAUACCACCACGGCCCCCCGCCAGCCCUUUAGCAGGGCCCGCCCGGGCAGUGCCCGAUACUCCUCACCCAGCACGCGUCGCCGGCAGCAGGGCUCAGAUUGCACGUCCACAUCUGAGGAGGAGUAUGGCUCCCACCACGGCUCCCCCACACACACACGCUCCCGUGCCUCAACAGCCACGCAGACCCCACGGGCUGGCAGCUCCCACCGGACUCGCCCCCGGGCCCCCAUGUCCCGGGACACAGACGACGAGGAAGACCCUGACCCCUACGGUUUUAUUGUGCAGACGGCAGGGAUCGCUGAAAUUGCCAGGCUGAGCCAGACGCUAGUGAAGGACGUGGCCAUCCUGGCCCGGGAGAUCCACGACGUGGCUGGGGACGGCGACUCACUGGGCUCGCCGGGGCCCGCCCGCAGCCCCUCCCUCAGCAAUGUGCCCAGCACCCCUGCUUCAACCAUCUCCGCCCGUGAGGAGCUGGUGCAGCGCAUCCCCGAGGCCAGCCUCAACUUCCAGAAGGUGCCACCUGGCUCCCUGAGCACUCGAGACUUGGACCAGAACAUGAACGACCGCUGUGAGGACCCCCUCGCCAGCAAGAUGCGGCCUCGGAGCCGCGAGGAGGUGAUCUUUGACAACCUGAUGCUGAACCCCGUGUCCCAGCUGUCUCACGCCAUCCGGGAGAACACGGAGCACCUCGCCGAGAAGAUGAAGAUCCUCUUUCAGAACACAGGGCGUGCCUGGGAGGAGGUGGAAGCCAGAAUCAACUCGGAGAACGAGGUGCCCAUCCUGAAGACGUCCAACAAGGAGAUCAGCUCCAUUCUGAAAGAACUGAGGCGCGUGCAGAAGCAGCUGGAAGUCAUCAACGCCAUCGUGGACCCCAGCGGGAACCUGGACCUGCUGACCGGGAACCGGGGCUCCGCGGGCUCGGCCCAGCUGGGGAAAGGCCGGCCGGCCGCCCAGAGCCCAUCCUCGCCCCCCUCGGCCCUGCCUCUGAGGAGCUUCCCACAGCGGGCGAACUGCGGGUCCCCGGGCCUCCCGGACCCUGCCUUCCUGCCCGACUUCCUCCCCGACGCUGAGAGGUUCCUGAUCUAGGCGGCCGGGGCCGGGGCGGCCUCCGCGUGCCCUGGGUCCAGCACCUCCGGCACCCCUUGUCUGCCGCCACGGCCCUUCCUGGCUGCGGAUGGUUCGCCACAGACCCCCACGCGUGCCAUAACCCUGUGGGCAGGUGCCUCUGUGCCCACAUCCCCCCCUAGCUCCCAGCCGGCGCCCCAGCUGGACAGUGCAGCCCCUGAGGCCACCCCUGCUGGCCUCCUGGCCUAGUUCCUGCUGCGGCCUCCGCCAAGGGCCGGCAUCACAGGUGUGUUCCCCGUCUCCUCCCCACUGCUGUUAUUUCUGUCUUUAGCUUUUAAGGAAAGAGUGGUUUGGGCCACUGCAGCAGCCCCCGGGCCUGGAAGGCCCUCACCCCGCCUUUUGUGUUGGGGGCGGCUGUUCUGCUGAGGGCGCCCAUGGGCUUACGUGUCCUGUUCCUGUGU